GUUCUACAUUUCGCACGGUGCAAUGAUCGCGAUCUAGAGCUAGGUGGCAUUGGUGUCGUGCAAGCAGAGCAGCUCACCGAGCGCGCAAUACCGUGGUCGCCUAGCGCCAUAGGCAGCAUACGUACAACUUUAGGAAAAUCGAUAUAAGACGUAUUAUUGGCACUAAGACAGCUUCUAGGUUAGGCUGCCUAAGGUAUCCAUGCAGUUGCCCGUUUUACUUCCGAGCCCAAAUGUAUGACGCCAAUUCCUUUCUUAUGGUCCUCAUGGAUUAAAAAACUACCUGCAAUAAGCAAGCUUGGCUUAAGUUUGCGAACUGGGCCUGCCGCUUUGCGGCAUUUCCCUGCUGCUGAUGCAUGGCGCUACGCCUCUAAGACAUCUGUUCCAGAUAACGUGAAUGGGAUUGGAGUUGGAGCUCAGGAUGGAGAAGGGACAUCAGAAAGCCUGGUUGACCAGCCAGCAUCCAUCUUGCGCCAACUGUUCGAGAGCUUGCCGCCUUACCCGACGGCAAGCUCUCUGCAGCUUGCUCGCCAUAGACUGGAGGAAGUCAGCAAGGGCAUUAGCAUAGCAACGGACGCACAUCGGCGCGACCGCCCUGUCAGCGAUGCGGACGCCAUCGUCGCAACGAUUACCGCUCUCCUGCAAAGCACCAGCCGCGAUUGCUACUGGGCGCGCACCAGCCUACCAGAGCUAUUGCUCCUCUUAUCUCGACUGCGCAUCCCCAGCACCCCAAAGCUGGAAGUCGAGCUGGUGUUGCUGCUCCGGCGCGGCCGGCUGCCCACCCCCGCUCCCGACGUCUGGCAGGAGCUGGCAGCCGCCUCGGGUGUCAGCCGCACUAGCUUCCGCAAGCGCCGCGGCGGCCGUGUCGUACUGCCGCCCCCGCCGCCGCUGCCCACCGCCUUCCGGCUGGCUCAGGCCAUGUGCGCGCUCCCGGUGCAGAGCCACGAGGCGUGGCAGCAGCUGUCUCGGCACCUGCUGGCCCCCGCCGCCUGCCCCCUGGAGGCGCUGUCACCCGACCAGCUGUCGCUGGUGGCGGCCGCAUUCGCGCGGGCGGGCUACCACCCCGUGCAGCUGUUCAGGUCCAUCUCCGAACGGCUGCUCCCCGCCGCCCCCCGGCUGCAGCCCGGCAGUCUGGCUCGCAGCCUGCACGCCUUCGCCAGCCUGCGCCACCACGACCCCGACCUGGCAGCCGCGCUAUGUGAUGAGGUG